CUUCUCCUUGCCUCCUGCUGCUGCUGCUUGCUCCCAGCCGUCCCAGAGCCGGAUUUGCACGUUGCCCCCCGACACCUCCCGGAAUCACCCACUCCUCCCUCCCUUCCUCUCUCUCCUCUCUCCUCUCUCUCUCUCUUCCCCGCGCCGCGCGCACGGCCCGGCCGGCCUCCCGAAUCCCCACGCAAUUCCCAAAUCUCCCGGGGAGGCGCAAGCUUGGCGCUCCAUCCACGAUCACACCCCCGCUCCCCUCCCUCCCUCCGCGGCGAUCGCGCCAGCCAGCAGCGUCCGCGUACGUGGCGAAGGACUUGCGGGGGGACGCCCACGAAUCCGCCGCGGGCUGCGGGAAUCUCGCCGGCGGGGAGGAGGGAGGAGGGAGGAGGAAGGAGGUUAGGGUUCCGGCGGAGAAUUUCGCGGUGGCGGCCGCGCCGGUGCGUGCCUCGUAGGGGGGAGGCUGAGGCUCCGGCUCCUGCGUCGCGGGGGGCGGCGACGCGUGUGUGUGGGGGAGAUCUCGAGGCCCCCGAACCCUAGGAGGGGUGGGGGAGGGAGGGGGGGGGGCGCUAGGUGGCGAUGGACGUGGACUCCCGCAUGACGACGGAGUCGGACUCCGACUCCGACGCCGCUGCCUCGGCGGCUGCGCAAGGGGGGAACGGCGGGAGCUUAACGAGCGAGACCUCCUCGUCGGUCUCGGCCCCGUCCACGCCGGGGACGCCCACGGUAGCUCCGGCUCCCGCGGCCGCGGGAGCGAUGGGGCCCAGGCCGGCGCCUGGGUACACGGUGGUGAGCGCGGUGAUCGAGAAGAAGGAGGACGGGCCGGGGUGCCGGUGCGGGCACACGCUCACGGCGGUGCCGGCCGUCGGGGAGGAUGGCACGCCGGGGUACAUCGGGCCUCGGUUGAUCCUGUUCGGGGGCGCCACGGCGCUCGAGGGCAACUCUGCCACGCCACCCUCUUCGGCUGGCAGCGCUGGGAUUCGUCUUGCCGGUGCCACAGCAGAUGUCCAUUGUUACGAUGUGUUAUCAAAUAAGUGGAGCAGGCUUACUCCACAAGGCGAGCCUCCUUCACCAAGAGCUGCACAUGUAGCAACCGCAGUCGGAACCAUGGUUGUCAUUCAGGGUGGCAUUGGCCCUGCUGGUUUAUCUGCGGAGGACCUUCAUGUUCUAGACCUUACACAACAACGACCACGAUGGCACAGAGUGGUGGUUCAAGGACCUGGUCCAGGUCCACGAUAUGGACAUGUCAUGGCCUUGGUUGGACAGAGGUUUUUGUUGACAAUUGGUGGAAAUGAUGGGAAACGGCCGCUAGCAGAUGUAUGGGCUCUAGAUACUGCAGCUAAGCCAUAUGAGUGGAGGAAACUUGAACCAGAAGGUGAAGGACCACCGCCAUGCAUGUAUGCCACUGCCAGUGCACGCUCUGAUGGUCUUCUUUUACUUUGUGGUGGGAGGGAUGCCAACAGUGUGCCGUUGGCAAGUGCGUAUGGUCUUGCAAAGCAUCGAGAUGGGCGCUGGGAGUGGGCAAUCGCCCCUGGUGUUUCUCCAUCACCUAGAUAUCAACAUGCAGCUGUUUUUGUGAAUGCAAGGCUCCAUGUAUCUGGUGGAGCUCUUGGAGGUGGUCGGAUGGUAGAAGACUCCUCAAGUAUUGCAGUUCUAGACACAGCUGCUGGAGUCUGGUGUGACACAAAGUCAGUUGUCACAACUCCCAGGACAGGAAGAUAUAGUGCGGAUGCAGCAGGGGGUGAUGCUGCUGUCGAACUUACAAGGCGGUGCAGGCAUGCAGCUGCUGCUGUUGGUGAUCAAAUAUUUAUUUAUGGAGGUUUACGAGGAGGGGUACUGCUAGAUGAUCUUCUUGUAGCUGAAGAUCUUGCUGCUGCUGAAACAACAACUGCUGCUAAUCAUGCGGCAGCAAGUGCAGCAGCCACUAACAUACAAAGUGGAAGAACACUUGGAAGAUAUGCUUAUAAUGAUGAGCGAGCAAGACAAACAGCCUCAGAAUCAGCUCAGGAUGGUUCUGUAGUCCUUGGAACUCCAGUUGCUCCUCCUGUCAAUGGUGACAUGUACACUGAUAUUAGCCCUGAGAAUGCUGUGCUGCAGGGACAGAGGAGAUUAAGCAAAGGUGUUGAUUACUUAGUUGAAGCAUCAGCAGCAGAGGCAGAGGCUAUUAGUGCAACUUUAGCUGCAGUGAAAGCUAGGCAGGUUAAUGGUGAGAUGGAGCAAUUGCCUGACAAAGAGCAGUCUCCAGAUUCCACAUCGACCAGCAAACAUUCAAGCCUCAUCAAACCAGACACUGCUCUUUCUAACAACAUGACACCUUCACCUGGUGUUAGGUUGCAUCAUAGAGCUGUUGUAGUGGCUGCAGAAACUGGAGGUGUCUUAGGUGGCAUGGUCAGGCAGCUGUCAAUUGAUCAGUUUGAAAAUGAAGGAAGAAGAGUCAGCUAUGGCACCCCUGAGAAUGCAACCGCUGCAAGGAAGUUACUGGAUCGACAGAUGUCCAUUAAUAGUGUUCCUAAAAAGGUCAUUGCAUCUCUAUUGAAACCUCGUGGUUGGAAGCCUCCUGUGCGAAGACAGUUUUUCUUGGACUGCAAUGAAAUUGCAGAUCUGUGUGAUAGUGCCGAGAGGAUAUUUUCAAGUGAACCAAGUGUUCUGCAACUUAAAGCUCCUGUUAAGAUAUUUGGUGAUUUACAUGGUCAAUUUGGUGACCUCAUGCGAUUAUUUGAUGAGUAUGGUGCUCCUUCAACAGCAGGAGACAUUGCUUACAUUGAUUAUCUCUUCUUGGGUGAUUAUGUGGAUCGUGGCCAGCAUAGUUUAGAAACGAUGAGUCUUCUUCUUGCAUUGAAGGUUGAGUAUCCUCAGAAUGUACAUUUGAUUCGUGGAAAUCAUGAAGCUGCAGACAUCAAUGCUUUGUUUGGCUUCCGAAUAGAGUGUAUAGAGCGAAUGGGUGAGAGAGAUGGUAUUUGGACAUGGCACCGCAUGAAUAGACUAUUUAACUGGCUUCCUUUGGCUGCACUUAUUGAAAAGAAAAUUAUAUGUAUGCAUGGUGGCAUUGGUCGGUCAAUCAACCAUGUCGAGCAAAUUGAAAACCUUCAGAGACCAAUUACCAUGGAAGCAGGCUCUGUUGUACUUAUGGAUCUUCUAUGGUCUGAUCCCACGGAGAAUGACAGUGUUGAAGGAUUGAGACCAAAUGCCCGAGGGCCUGGUCUCGUUACAUUUGGGCCUGAUCGUGUUAUGGAGUUUUGCAACAAUAAUGAUCUUCAACUAAUUGUGCGAGCCCAUGAGUGUGUGAUGGAUGGCUUUGAACGCUUUGCUCAAGGUCACCUGAUCACUCUCUUCUCUGCAACAAAUUAUUGUGGUACUGCAAAUAAUGCGGGUGCCAUCUUAGUUUUGGGUAGAGAUCUUGUGGUCGUUCCGAAACUAAUUCAUCCUUUGCCCCCGGCAAUCACAUCUCCUGAGACCUCUCCAGAGCACCAUAUCGAGGACACAUGGAUGCAGGAACUGAAUGCAAACAGACCGCCAACUCCAACCAGGGGCCGCCCCCAAGUAGCAGCUAAUGAUCGAGGUUCACUUGCCUGGAUAUAGUAGAGUGGCCAGAUAUUGAUUAAUCUGAUCCAUGUAUGAAGUCUCGAUCAGCGCGAUCUUUGCUAUUUUUUGUUUUUACUGCACAGAGUAAAGUGAUUUGUGUUUGCGAGACAGUGGCCCCACAGCCAUGCCAAAAGGAAAACAUCUAAAGUGAGCAAAGGUGGUACAGAAGAUGGAUGAACAGAGCUGAUCAUCCAGAAGAACGCCCUCCAGUCUAUUUACUUCCCGACCACGACAGAAACAAUCCAAUUCAGAGAUUAUUUGGAGAUCGACGAGGCUUCACUUCACCUGUAUAUACUCGGCUGCUGGUGGAUAGGCAGUUGUAUGUGUUUUUGCAUCCAAUUGGAAUGGCAAAAGGGAAUAGUGUUAUUGUACUAGCUAUUCUUUCCUCUUUUCUUUUUGGGUUCUAGAGUUCUGAUUUUGCAAGGUGCUUCCGGAGAGAGAUCGAUGGCUGGUCGGGUCGUGGUCCAGUCAGGUGUAUAAUAUAGCAUUUCCUGCCUACUACUUUCGGCACAGCAUACCCCCCUUGUAAUUUCAGUCUGAUGCUGAUGUACAAUUUUGUGUUGAGUUUUGGGUGGCGAAUGGAGUUUGAUUUGGUCUAUUUAGAGAGAGAUGGAGAAAUGGUGUUACUCAUGGUGGUUGUACAAAAAAAAUCAAUUAUAUCCUGUUUGGCUCC